AUGCUCCGUCUCUGUACCACCAGACCUGUGUGGUUCAAGCCUGGCAAGCCCAGAAAACCCCGCCCAGUGUCGCUCUUCACUCUCGAGCCAUGGAGCUUGAAGGACCUGCAGCGGCCCGUGACUCUUUUCGGGCAAAUCAUCUUGGACGUGCACUGCUCAGGCUACAUCGACACCGACUUCGACGAGGAACGACGCGGUAGCGUAUUGUCUAGCAUCGCGCAUGACUAUGCGGAAACACAUUCACCAGCUCCUCCCGCCCGUGUGUAUGGCUACGGUAAGGAGAAGGACCGUCCCGCUCCAGAGCAGGCGUCACCUCUUCAGGCCAGGUCGACCAACGCCGGCAUGCUCACCGGCCAAGACGAUAGUCCCGCUGGGAACCCGCAGAUUGUUUACUUUGCGCGCCGUACCCGUCCCCUGCUUGUGCCCUUGAGGUUCGAAACCAGUCACGCACAAGGUGCAUCCAAGGUGUCUUGCAACUAG